GAACGAGGCUUGUCUUGUUUUGAUUUGAAGUACUCCAUUUUUUGGAUGGAUGGUUUACCUUGUUACCGUUAAAUCAAAAGCCAUCGUGUCCAAAAAAGGCUUUUUCAAGCACCAAUCAUUGCAUAUUCGAGAAAAUUGAAGAUUUGCGUUAUCUACAAACCACUUCAUUGGUGUACAUUACCUCAGAUUUUUACAAAAACUUACUUCAAUCCGUACCCAAUCCCAACAAAGAUGGCUUGCGGUGCAACGCUGAAGAGGUCUCUUGAAUUCGACCCUUUACACAGUCCAAGCCAAACUACGCCUAAACGGAGAAGAUGUAUGCCUAUGACGCUGUCUCCAUCAACUCCUCCUACCAAACAACAUCAAAUUCAACCAUCACCGUUUGGAGAAGUGGGACCAAAGCUAUCAUCAGAGCAAAUAGCUUCAAAUCUCAGUCUUGAAAUAAAGAGAAUGCAGAGAAGGAAACAGUUACAAUAUCCAGGAUGCCCCAGCCCACCUAAUAUGUCUCCUCCCCACGAGUCCACCUCCCAGUCAUCACUGCUGGACCUCCCUUCUGGAUCUUCAUCUACCUCGCUGUUCAAUGCCCUUUCUCCAAACAAAAAAGACAUUCCUAUCUUCACCUUCCGUCAAGUCAGCAUGAUUUGUGAACGCAUGUUAAAAGACCGAGAGGAUCAAGUCCGACAAGAAUACAACUCUGUGCUCACAUGCAAACUAGCAGAGCAAUAUGAGGCUUUCCUAAAAUUUAACCAUGACCAGAUUCACAGAAGGUUUGGAGAUACACCAGUAAGCUAUGUUUCUUAAAAUAUGGAUGGGAUUGUACCAAACUAUGUGUUCUACGUGUAAUUAACUGAAACACUGUUGAAUGGAAGAGUUUGCAUUUGUUCGGUUUUCCUGUUUGAAACUUCAAUUCUAAAGGUUCACAAUUUACUAAGAUUGCUUAAUGUGCUUUACCCUGAAUUUUUUCAUUCUGAGAAGAUAAACAACCUGUGAAGAAGAAAAGAAAACUGUCAUGAAAGUUAUAAUUGUGCUGUGUAAACGUGUAUUUGUGAAGUCUGAAAGUGAACAAUAUCUGUGCUUCUGAUAGAAGUGGAAACAAACUCUCAUGGUGCCAAUAUUUAAAAUCCAAACAAUAUUUUCAUGCCUACUGUGCGUUAAAAUUUCCAUGGAAGACAGUGGAAUUGCCAUGUUGGCUAAGCUUACUGUGUUGCACAUUUAUCUUAUUUCUUACUUUUAUAAAUGUGGACAUCCUGAUAAUAUUUAUUAGCAUGAUGAUAAUGUAUUUUACUGUUAUAUUCUAUCUAGAUACAUAUAGUAAAUCUAUUUAGUUCCUUUUACCUCACAUUCACUUUAAUAUUAUGUAAUGGUCAUUAAACGUAAUUUAAUUACUUUUGAUUGAGUAACACAUGUACAUCGUAGAGCAGGACUUGUUCAUGAUUCAGUACACAUGUACCCUGGAUCGUGUUUUACGUUUAAGCUCUAGGUCUUUUGCACCUAGCUAGAUAAGGUAUUGACCAUGUUUGGUUGCUUUUGUUCCUCAAUUUUUAUUUGGUAAUUUGGCUGCCUUCAGAGAAUGGUGGCAUUUCUGGUGUGCAUGUUAAUAUUUUUUAGUUCUGUGAUUUUAACACAGGUAGUGUUUUUGAAGAUUAACAGGUAGAUUAUAAAAUUGUAAAUAAAUAAACUGUUGUGACGAGCUGCUGUAAAUAAAAUUUGUUGAAUAAAGUAAUGAUACAUUGGA